AUGAACCGGGUGGUCGUGUUCUUGGCCAUGGCCAUGGGCAGCCUGCGAGACCUGGAGGCCUGCACGCACCGGCACAUCUGCUUUCACAGCAGAGAGCAGUUCCUCAUGGAAGAGUGGCCGAAGUUGGACUUUGCUUUCAUGCCUCACCCCAGAGCGGUCAGCAUCAGUCAGUCCCCAAUGAACUGCAACGCCAGUGCUGAUGGGCCUCUGAACAGCAGAUCCAUCUCCCCUUGGAUAUAUGAGUUGGACCGGGACCCUAACCGGUUUCCCCAGGACCUUUACCACGCCAGGUGCCAGUGCCCACACUGCGUCAGCCUGCAGACGGGCUCCGACAUGGAGCCCCGGGGCAACUCGGAGGAGGUCUUCUACAACCAGACGGUCUUCUACCGGCGGCCCUGCCGGGGCCGGCACGGUGGCCCCGACAGCUACUGCCUGGAGCCCCGGCUCUACCCCGUCUCCCUGGCCUGCGUGUGCGUGCGCCCGCGCGUGUCGGGUUAGGGUCCCGACGGGGGUCCCUGGCGGGAGCGCGGGGGGGCCGGGGUCUCACCACCUGCCGCACUGAGCCAGACGCCAGAAGACGCCGCCCUCCGAAGGCCCUCCGGCGUGGCCAG